GAUCCAAGGGUGAAACGUCACUCACAUGUUACCGACAUCGCGCACCAUAAGUAUCAAGUGCUCGAAGAAUGCCUCUUUUAUAAGCUCACCAAGGACGCUGAUCAGAUGCAGGGAAAGAGCAACGCGCUGAUGCUUCUACCGCCUACGGUAGCCGCCGGAGAGACUCUAGAUGUUCAAGUUUUGCAUGCUGCUGUAAGACAAAUGUGGAUGAACGAAGUCUUCAAGGAGAUGAACAUCAACGGCUAUUUGAAGCUGUCCUGGAAAGACCGACGCCUUCGCUGGGACGUUACUGAGUGGAAGACCGACCAACUAAGCAUCAAAUCAUUUGGACGACUUUGGGUUCCUGAUAUUAAUUCAGACAAACAUCAGACAGGACAGCAGUCAUCGGAUUACGUUACGUUCCAGUCGCUGAGUUCCAACAACAACGGAAAUGUUACCGGCAGACUGGAAUUUCGUAUUCAGGCACAUUGCGAAAUUGACUACACUGAAUAUCCAAGUGAUAUCAAACACUGUUGCUUCAAUCUCCAGUCGACGCUCUACAAGCGAUACAUCAACUCAAGAGCUGUUGAAAUUGUACUUGCAGAACACCUGGACAUCUCACAGUUGAAGACUAACUGGAAAAUCGAGAACUCUUGGUUGAAAAAGAAAACUCAGGACGGCGAUAACAAAGCUGACACACUGGAGAUCUGCGUGACGGCUAGACGACGUUCGACCACGCUGGCUAUUGAGUUGACCUUGCCAGUGCUGAUAUCAGCACUCCUUCUGCUCAUUGCUCCCUUUUUCGGAACAUUCGAUCAACAGAUCAAAGUUAAGAUGUUCGCAUUACUAUUGCAAUUUAUGAGCUUCCAAUUUAUGGUAGAUAAGACACCUCAUUUGGGAUUCGGAUCGUCACUUCCGAAAAUAUAUGUGUUUUACGCCUUCACUUUGGCUGUUACAGUGAUAAGUUUGAUUAUGACCGUGUUAAUCUCAGCGACAAGUAGAAUUAAGAGAAAAGUGCCUCCAGCUCAUCGUUUCACACUUCUGGCCUCUGUGUUAAAUGCGAACCUGUGCUGUGGUUCAGAGGGAGAGCCCGUCACAGAUGGAACAUCAUCAAAGGACGCUUCUGCUGAUUGGGUGCAAAUCCAUGCGGCGAUGAAUAACCUGACGAGCUGCAUCACCGUCAUCGUCUAUGUGAUAGGCGCCAUUGCCAUCAUAUUCUGA